CCAAUCCGUUCAACCACUACGGAAGCGACAAUUGCACAGAGCUGCUGAAUCUACUGAUUGGGUAUACGAAUUGCAACUUCCUGCGUUUAUUGAUAUCAAACACACCCUUCUUCAUCCAUUUCCCACACCCCUUUCGAAAAUCCUCAAGGAUUUUCAUCUCGAGGGGUCGGCGGAUUCGUCUUCGAUUUGUCUCAGAAAUGUUCGAAUCGCCUGUCCAAGAAGGAUGGCGGUAUUGGAUCCGAUGGCAAGUGCCUGUUUGUGGUCUGACAAUCGCCAUUCCCUGUGUUUUCGCUGUGAAAUUUAUCCGAAAAUCAAUGGCUGAGCCUUUGCUUCUCAGUGAUUUGUGGGCUACUCACUGGAGGCACCUUAGCCCUUUAUGGCUUUUACUUUACAGGGCUUUUGCUUUUGUUUGCUGUGUUCAACUGCUGUAUGAGAUUGUGGCCUUACAUGGACCCUUUGUCUUCUUUUUCUACACUCAGUGGACUAUGGCAUUAGUAGCUAUCUAUUUUGCGCUGGGGACCAUUGUAUCUGCAUAUGGAUUUUGGUAUCCUUCAAGGAAAACCCAGUCCAAAAAUGAGGAGGAUGUUAAACUCAUGGAAAAACCUUUGAAAAAUAAUGGAGACAGGGUUAAAGUGGAUACCAUCAAGGUGCAAAACAAAUAUGCUGAACAGGAGUUUCAGGAGAAAGCAGGAUAUUUAGGAACUCUGAUGCAAAUGACAUAUCUGGCAGCAGCAGGUGCUUCUGUAUUAACCGACGUAGUGUUUUGGUGCCUUCUCGUGCCAUUUCUACUUGGUGAAAAUUUCCAAGUCAGCCUGUUGAUUGGUAGCAUACACGCUCUGAAUGCUGUUUUUCUUCUUGGAGACACUGCUCUCAAUAGCCUUUCAUUUCCUUUGGGUGGUUUUGCAUACUUCGUGGCCUUCGGCGGUCUCUACAUCGCCUUCCAAUGGACCGUGCACAUGUGCUGUGUAAAUUGGUGGCCGUAUCCUUUCCUUGAGCUCAGUACACCUUGGGCUCCUCUUUGGUACAUUGGUUUAGCAGUGAUUCACGUCCCCUGUUAUGGGAUAUAUGCACUGAUUGUGAAGACAAAGUACUCACUUCUGCCAAGAUUGUUUCCUCAUGCUUUUGUCAGAUCAUUUUAGGUCUCCUCUCUCUCUAAUAUAUAUAAAGGUUGCAGGUGCUAUAUUUAUAAACCAAUGGAAAUGCAAUAUUUUAAUUAAUAGUAAUUAGAAAAAAACUAGGUCAAUGCUGCUUCAAGUAUGUGGUGUUAUUUAUGUAGUGUAUGUGGGGAACCAAACAGGCUUCAAUAUCAAUGUCGGGAAAUUUAAACUUUUGUCGUU